GGGGGAGAGCACAUUAGCAACGGAGACCGUUUCAAUCUAUCACAUUCGUCAAGAAAGGCCUAGGCUUGCGCCGGUACACCUUGUAUGUAUAGUAGACUUUCGUGUCUACUGACCCAGGCUCCCUUUGCUUUGUCCCUGGAACUCAUCAAAAUCCACAACCACUGCUGUGUCGGAGUCUGCAUUAGGACGCUACAUGUAAAAACAUGUAAAAUAUUUAAUGGCAUGUACAGCUUCUCAUUGUUUGAGUCACGUACCUACGUGUCGCCAUUUAAGUAUGAGACAGAGCUGUCUAGAACUGUAUUUGGCAUGAUGAAGGGAUUCGGUUCCCGCGAUCGUUGAUACUCACUAUGGCUUCAUAGAAACAAUGGAAGCGCUCGGGGUUCGUAGCUAGGAUUGUCCACUAAUAAAGAACAUUACAAACACGACAGUCCGGUACGGAAAGGGUCUUCCAAAUCAUGACUUCUUUGAUGCGCCUUG